ACUAUAUGCAACGAAUGGUUGAUGGCUAAUCAUUCUUUUUAAUGGAUUUCGGCCAUCUAGUCUCAAUACACAUGCGAAUGGGAGAACUGUGUUGUCAAACAAAAGCCCUUCCAAAAGCACCAUCAAGUGAUUCGGCACAUGCGAACCCAUACAGGCGAGAAGCCCUUCGUGUGCACGAUGGAUGGUUGCGGAAAGAAAUUUGCGCGCUCCGACUCGUUGCUCGAGCACCAGCGCAAACACAGUAGCACUCCUGUGGAUUUUCAAAAAAUGAUAGAGUUCAGUUCCCAGCAGGAGCAGGACGCUCGGCACCUUGACGGAAUGAUGGUCCAUCUUGAUACCAUCCAGGAGCAUCAGCCCAAGGAACCGAUGCCAGAGGGGUCUUCUCAGCUUGACCGCAACCUAUCCGAUCAAGCCACCAAUGGCAGCCCGACUGCUCCAGCUUCUGACGCUGCAACACCUGGGCUAUCUCUCCCGAAUCACCAGGCAUUGUCUAUGCAGCGCAGCUCUCCAAAUGCAAACACGCCCUUCUCGUUCUCGCAAUUGCCAAUGCAAGCCUCGCAGCAGUCCGUCUUGCACAGGUCUCGGGGACAUGCCCACACAGGCUCGCUUGGGCUAUCCAGGAUGGAGAUUACGCCUCGUUCAAGAGAGUAUGGACAUUCGCACUCGCGAUCUAUGGACUAUGGACGUUCGGACCUGAGCCAUCACCCGUACCGCUCGCGUGAAUAUGGCCACUCGCAGACGCCGUCGUUGGAUUAUUCAAGAGUUGACAUGUAUUAUCACAAGGAUCGCGGCCACUCACAUACGCCUUCAUUGGAGCUGCCUCCUACACCCGGCCAGCAAACACACCAUAUAGACGAUCGACGACAGGCUCUAGUACAGCAAGAGGGACAACAUAUACUCGCGCAGCAACCUCCUCCAUUGCCAACAAAGGGCCAAGUCAUAAUGGAACCAAAGAGCAUCAUCCAGCUGGAUAAACCGGCGGAACAGUUGAAUUCCCCUGUGCCUGUGAAGUCCACAAGUCUUCCAGCUGCCAUUGAAAUGUGUUCACUCACACCCAUCAGCGCUAUGGAACAGGACGACAAGAGCGUUGUCCCGAUUGUUUAAAGCCGGAGCCGCGUACAUGCCAUUCACUCGCUACUGCUCAUUUAUUUCACUAUCAUUCCAAAUGUACCAUGUAUAAAAUAAAAUCUGCCGUUUGCCAC